AUGCUGGGAGGUCCUGGGGUUGCCGUGGUUACCAGUCCACAGACCGAGAGUCCACAGACCAGAGUCCACAGACCAGCCAAGUCCACAGACCAGGCCACAGACCAGAGGUCCACAGACCAGAGUCCACAGACCAGAGUCCACAGACCAGAGUCCACAGACCAGAGUCCACAGACCAGAGUCACACCAGAGUCCACAGACCAGAGUCCACAGACCAGAGUCCACAGACCAGAGUCCACAGACCGAGGUCCACAGACCAGAGUCCACAGCCACAGACCACAGAGAGGCCACAGACCAGAGUCCACAGACCAGAGUCCACAGACCAGAGGUCCACAGACCAGAGUCCACAGACCAGAGUCCCACAGACACAGACCAGAGCCACAGACCAGAGUCCACAGACCAGAGUCCACAGACCAGAGUCCACAGACCAGAGUCCACAGACCAGAGGCCACAGACCAGAGGCCACAGACCAGAGUCCACAGACCAGAGUCCACAGACCAGAGUCCACAGACCAGAGGCCACAGACCAGAGUCCACAGACCAGAGUCCACAGACCAGAGUCCACAGACCAGAGUCCACAGACCAGAGUCCACAGACCAGAGUCCACAGACCAGAGGCCACAGACCAGAGGCCACAGACCAGAGUCCACAGACCAGAGUCCACAGACCAGAGUCCACAGACCAGAGGCCACAGACCAGAGUCCACAGACCAGAGUCCACAGACCAGAGUCCACAGACCAGAGUCCACAGACCAGAGUCCACAGACCAGAGUCCACAGACCAGAGGCCACAGACCAGAGUCCACAGACCAGAGUCCACAGACCAGAGUCCACAGACCAGAGUCCACAGACCAGAGUCCACAGACCAGAGUCCACAGACCAGAGUCCACAGACCAGAGCCACAGACCAGAGUCCACAGACCAGAGUCCACAGACCAGAGUCCACAGACCAGAGUCCACAGACAGAGUCCACAGACCAGAGUCACACAGACCACAGACCAGAGUCCACAGACCAGAGGCCACAGACCAGAGUCCACAGACCAGAGUCCACAGACCAGAGUCCACAGACCAGAGGCCACAGACCAGAGUCCACAGACCAGAGUCCACAGACCAGAGUCCACAGACCAGAGUCCACAGACCAGAGUCCACAGACCAGAGGCCACAGACCAGAGGCCACAGACCAGAGUCCACAGACCAGAGUCCACAGACCAGAGUCCACAGACCAGAGGCCACAGACCAGAGGCCACAGACCAGAGUCCACAGACCAGAGUCCACAGACCAGAGUCCACAGACCAGAGGCCACAGACCAGAGGCCACAGACCAGAGUCCACAGACCAGAGUCCACAGACCAGAGUCCACAGACCAGAGUCCACAGACCAGAGUCCACAGACCAGAGGCCACAGACCAGAGGCCACAGACCAGAGGCCACAGACCAGAGUCCACAGACCAGAGUCCACAGACCAGAGGCCACAGACCAGAGGCCACAGACCAGAGGCCACAGACCAGAGGCCACAGACCAGAGUCCACAGACCAGAGUCACAGACCAGAGUCCACAGACCAGAGUCCACAGACCAGAGUCCACAGACCAGAGGUCCACAGACCAGAGUCCACAGACCAGAGUCCACAGACCAGAGUCCACAGACCAGAGUCCACAGACCAGAGGCCACAGACCAGAGUCCACAGACCAGAGUCCACAGACCAGAGUCCACAGACCAGAGGCCACAGACCAGAGGCCACAGACCAGAGUCCACAGACCAGAGUCCACAGACCAGAGGCCACAGACCAGAGGCCCACAGACCAGAGUCCACAGACCAGAGUUCCACAGACCAGAGUCCACAGACCAGAGUCCACAGACCAGAGUCCACAGACCAGAGUCCACAGACCAGAGUCCACAGACCAGAGGCCACAGACCAGAGUCCACAGACCAGAGUCCACAGACCAGAGUCCACAGACCAGAGUCCACAGACCAGAGUCCACAGACCAGAGUCCACAGACCAGAGGCCACAGACCAGAGUCCACAGACCAGAGUCCACAGACCAGAGUCCACAGACCAGAGUCCACAGACCAGAGUCCACAGACCAGAGUCCACAGACCAGAGGCCACAGACCAGAGUCCACAGACCAGAGUCCACAGACCAGAGUCCACAGACCAGAGUCCACAGACCAGAGUCCACAGACCAGAGUCCACAGACCAGAGUCCACAGACCAGAGGCCACAGACCAGAGUCCACAGACCAGAGUCCACAGACCAGAGUCCACAGACCAGAGUCCACAGACCAGAGGCCACAGACCAGAGUCCACAGACCAGAGUCCACAGACCAGAGUCCACAGACCAGAGUCCACAGACCAGAGGCCACAGACCAGAGUCCACAGACCAGAGUCCACAGACCAGAGUCCACAGACCAGAGUCCACGACAGAGGCCACAGACCAGAGUCCACAGACCAGAGUCCACAGACCAGAGUCCACAGACCAGAGUCCACAGACCAGAGGCCACAGACCAGAGGCCACAGACCAGAGUCCACAGACCAGAGUCCACAGACCAGAGUCCACAGACCAGAGUCCACAGACCAGAGUCCACAGACCAGAGUCCACAGACCAGAGUCCACAGACCAGAGUCCACAGACCAGAGUCCACAGACCAGAGGCCACAGACCAGAGGCCACAGACCAGAGUCCACAGACCAGAGUCCACAGACCAGAGUCCACAGACCAGAGUCCACAGACCAGAGUCCACAGACCAGAGUCCACAGACCAGAGUCCACAGACCAGAGCCACAGACCAGAGUCCACAGACCAGAGUCCACAGACCAGAGUCCACAGACCAGAGUCCACAGACCAGAGUCCACAGACCAGUCCACAGACCAGAGUCCACAGACCAGAGUCCACAGACCAGAGUCCACAGACCAGAGUCCACAGACCAGAGGCCACAGACCAGAGGCCACAGACCAGAGUCCACAGACCAGAGUCCACAGACCAGAGUCCACAGACCAGAGUCCACAGACCAGAGUCCACAGACCAGAGUCCACAGACCAGAGGCCACAGACCAGAGGCCACAGACCAGAGUCCACAGACCAGAGUCCACAGACCAGAGUCCACAGACCAGAGGCCACAGACCAGAGUCCACAGACCAGAGUUCCACAGACCAGAGUCCACAGACCAGAGUCCACAGACCAGAGGCCACAGACCAGAGGCCACAGACCAGAGUCCACAGACCAGAGUCCACAGACCAGAGUUCACAGACCAGAGUCCACAGACCAGAGUCCACAGACCAGAGGCCACAGACCAGAGUCCACAGACCAGAGUCCACAGACCAGAGGCCACAGACCAGAGUCCACAGACCAGAGUCCACAGACCAGAGUUCACAGACCAGAGUCCACAGACCAGAGUCCACAGACCAGAGGCCACAGACCAGAGGCCACAGACCAGAGUCCACAGACCAGAGUCCACAGACCAGAGUCCACAGACCAGAGUCCACAGACCAGAGUCCACAGACCAGAGUCCACAGACCAGAGGCCACAGACCAGAGGCCACAGACCAGAGGCCACAGACCAGAGUCCACAGACCAGAGUCCACAGACCAGAGUCCACAGACCAGAGGCCACAGACCAGAGUCCACAGACCAGAGGCCACAGACCAGAGGCCACAGACCAGAGGCCACAGACCAGAGGCCACAGACCAGAGUCCACAGACCAGAGUCCACAGACCAGAGGCCACAGACCAGAGGCCACAGACCAGAGUCCACAGACCAGAGUUCACAGACCAGAGUCCACAGACCAGAGUCCACAGACCAGAGUCCACAGACCAGAGUCCACAGACCAGAGUCCACAGACCAGAGUCCACAGACCAGAGGCCACAGACCAGAGGCCACAGACCAGAGGCCACAGACCAGAGUCCACAGACCAGAGUCCACAGACCAGAGUCCACAGACCAGAGGCCACAGACCAGAGUCCACAGACCAGAGUCCACAGACCAGAGUCCACAGACCAGAGUCCACAGACCAGAGUCCACAGACCAGAGUUCACAGACCAGAGUCCACAGACCAGAGUCCACAGACCAGAGUUCACAGACCAGAGUCCACAGAUCAGAGUCCACAGACCAGAGUUCACAGACCAGAGUCCACAGACCAGAGUCCACAGACCAGAGUCCACAGACCAGAGGCCACAGACCAGAGGCCACAGACCAGAGGCCACAGACCAGAGUCCACAGACCAGAGGCCACAGACCAGAGUCCACAGACCAGAGUCCACAGACCAGAGUCCACAGACCAGAGUCCACAGACCAGAGUCCACAGACCAGAGUCCACAGACCAGAGUCACAGACCAGAGACCAGAGUCCACAGACCAGAGGCCACAGACCAGAGUCCACACAGACCAGACCCGGGACCUGAGAUCUUACCGUAG